AUGUUCGGCAANAAGUACUAUGGCCUCACGGGCACCAAACUGAAUAUCGCAGUCGGUAUCAUUGCCGGUCUCGAUUUCCUGCUGUUUGGUUACGAUCAAGGCAUGCAGCGUUCCUUGAACGAUGGCAUGAAUGUUUUGCUAAUCAAGUAUCANGGUGUUAUGGGUGGUCUGCUUACAUUGAAGUCCUUCAACCGUACCUUCCCUGAAAUCGACGUCGAUAAUCCUCCUCGUGGCGUAUCCGCUUCAUACACCUCUACCAUCCAAGGUAUCUCGGUCGCCUCCUACAACUUGGGAUGCUUUGUUGGUGCGUUAGCUACAAUCUGGAUUGGUGACUGGCUCGGUCGUCGCAAGACCAUCUUCUUGGGAUCCGCUAUUAUGGUCAUUGGUGCUACACUACAAACAUCAGCUUUUGCUCUGGCACAUUUGAUCGUCGGAAGAGUUAUUACUGGUAUUGGAAACGGCAUGAACACUUCUACUGUGCCAUCAUGGCAGAGUGAAUGUUCGAAAUCGCAUCGUCGUGGUCAGAUGGUUAUGAUUGAGGGCGCCCUCAUCACCGGAGGUGUUAUGAUGUCGUACUGGAUCGAUUUCGGCUUCUCCUACCUCGAACCCUCGACAGUCUCCUGGCGCUUCCCCAUCGCUCUCCAGAUCUUGUUCGCUCUUAUUAUCCUCAUGUUUGUCAUGGGUCUGCCAGAAUCGCCCAGAUGGUUGAUUAUGAAGGGUCAUGAAGAUGAAGCCAUCAACGUUUUGUGUGCGCUGAACGACAAGGACUCUGAAGACCCCUACAUCGUCUCUGAGUUUGCCGCCAUCAAGGACUCUGCUCUGGUCAUGCAACAAGGUGGUUUCAGAGAUUUGUUUACCAUGGACGAGGACCGCAAUUUCCACCGUGUCGUUUUGGCCUACGUCAACCAGAUGUUCCAACAGAUCUCCGGUAUCAACCUUAUCACCUACUACGCCGCCAACAUCUACAGGAACAGCAUUGGACUCUCGGACUUCCUCUCACGUAUCCUGGCAGCUGCCAACGGAACAGAGUAUUUUGCCGCUUCCUGGAUCGCCGUCUUCACUAUUGAGAAGUUUGGACGUCGUCAACUCAUGUUGUUCGGUGCUGCAGGUCAGGCUGCCUCCAUGGCUGUUCUUGCAGGCACAACUUCGAGGACCUCAUCCGCCACUGGUAUCACUGCUGCCGUCUUCCUCUUCGUCUUCAACACUUUCUUCGCCAUCGGUUGGUUGGGAAUGACCUGGUUGUACCCAGCUGAAAUUGUUCCUCUCCGCAUCAGAGCCCCUGCUAAUGCUUUGGCAACCUCUGCUAACUGGAUUUUCAANCUUGUAAGCUCAAUUUUAGUUUUGCCAUCAUGCAGUCGUGUUAACUUUCUCUCUAGCAUGGUCGUCAUGAUUACUCCUGUUGCGUUCGAAACCAUUGGAUACCAAACUUACAUCAUCUUCGCCGCCAUCAACGCCUUCAUCGUCCCCUGCGUGUACUUCUUCUAUCCUGGUAAGUUGUUCCUUACAUCUGAGUGUGUAUGCUCGUACUUACAAAAUCCACANGAAACUCGCCUCCGCUCGCUUGAAGAAAUGGAUGAGAUCUUCCGCAACUCAACUUCUAUCUUCAACGUCGUCAAGGUUGCUCGUGAUACACCCAAUCGCUACGGCAAGUCAGGUGAACUUCUCAUCAACUACCUCGACACCGAAGCCGCAGCAGGCGCCACCAGACGUCGCAGCUCGCUGGUCGAGCCCAAGUACGGCAAGACUGGUGGUAAGGGUGAUGGCGAGCAGGUGGAGAGAUUGGAGAACGGAUACGGUUCCAGCUCUGCCGGAUCGCAAAACGAGAAGGUCUAG